GAAAGAGAAGAGACCCCCACUCUCCUAGCCAAGAUAAAGGAAACACGAGACGUUCAGGAAGCUUUGAAGGUUCUGACAAGUGACAUCAGCAUCAUGCAAGAGAAUAAAACUCAGAAGGUUGAGCUAAACAGCAGCUCCUGGGCCCUGACUGGGAGGCAUUAUUGGGGGGAUGGAGAAGAUUUCCUUUCUUUGUUUGGAGAUUCGAACAAACUUCCUGUGCACCAAUCCCACAUGCAGGAAGGUGAAAGCAGACACCUCUCUGUGAUUCUUGAAGAAGUUGGCCAGUUUACAUCCAGAUCUCUUGGAGAUAUUAAAAUAGCUGAGAUGAAUAUCAAGGGAUUAUUUGUGAGACUUGUUAACUCGUCCACUGACAAAGAAAUGGAGAUUGGAGAUCACAUUCUCCUGCAGAAUGUGGGUGGACAUCCAGUUUCCUCGUACCGUUUCCUCCCCAACAUCACAAUGCAGACCAAUUCCAUGGUGAAGGUGUGGGCUACAGCCUCAGAUGUGAAGCCACAGCCACCAACAGACUUUGUUUGGGAAGAGCAGAGCAGAUUCCGGUAGAGUCUAGACUGCACAACCAUCCUGUGCAAACCCAACGGCGAGGUACGUAUCUGGCUAUCGCCUGGUAUAUUCCUGGAACAAGCUUGAGAGAAGUUAGAGACUGACACUGAAUUCGAGAGAUGUUCAGUCGCCGUCCCAUCACUGCGAAGCCAUAUGUUUUGGUGGAUGACAUCUGUGACUUCCAUAAGUAAAGAAGGACAAGGUCUGCUGAAGAAAGAGUCCCCUAAGUGUCAGCCAGAAGUGGUCCAGCCUUGGCUCACAAAGGAAAUGGAAAUCCCGCCAACCAUUUUCUCCAACUCCAGCCCUUGGUGUCGCAGUCCCUACACCCCUCCACAUCCACAUCCUUUCUGUUCUCUGAUUGAACCGUACUACUCAGACGUUUCCAAGAGCAGCUUGAGGCCACGGCUCAAGUCUCAACCAACCAAUCCUGACGCAGCCACAGUAUCAUCAUGGUGAGAUGGAGCCAUCCCAACACGUUGGAAAUCUAUACAUGCGGAAGGAUUCAGUGGCUGGUUAGAGUGUGUGCUUGCACGGAGACACAACUGAAAAUGUAUAAAACAGAAGAUUCAUGGGACUGGAGAGACGGCUCAGCAGAUAAGAGCACUGGCUACUCUUACAGAG